AAGGUGAGGGACUAGGGUUGGCCAGUUAUAUAUGCAGACAAAAACAAACCUCACCUUUGGACUUUUCUCUCUCUACUAAGCCAGCCAGGUGUUUAGCGUUUCGAGGAAGAGGAGGAGGAGAAGAAAUUAAAGCACUUCUCCUUUGAGAGAUUGCUAACCCCCCCUUUUCCUGUUCGUAGAUCCAUUGAUCAAUCCGUCCCCAAUUAUAUUGGACCUUGAUUUGGGCUUUUCGGAUCAGCAAGAUGUUCUUGGUAGAUUGGUUCUAUGGAAUUCUAGCAACGCUUGGAUUGUGGCAGAAGGAGGCUAAGAUCUUGUUUUUGGGCCUCGAUAAUGCCGGCAAAACCACCUUACUCCAUAUGUUGAAAGAUGAGAGAUUGGUUCAACAUCAGCCAACACAAUAUCCGACGUCAGAGGAGCUUAGUAUUGGCAAGAUCAAGUUCAAAGCAUUUGACUUGGGUGGUCAUCAGAUUGCUCGACGUGUUUGGAAAGAUUAUUAUGCUAAGGUGGAUGCUGUUGUAUACUUGGUGGAUUCCUUUGACAAAGAAAGGUUUGCGGAGUCCAAGAAAGAGCUGGAUGCUCUGCUCUCUGACGAGUCCUUGGCAACUGUUCCUUUCCUGAUACUGGGUAACAAGAUAGACAUCCCAUAUGCUGCCUCAGAAGAUGAACUGCGUUACCAUAUGGGGCUAACGGGCGUCACCACUGGCAAAGGGAAGGUAAACCUGGCAGAUUCCAAUGUCCGUCCAGUUGAGGUAUUCAUGUGCAGCAUAGUCCGCAAAAUGGGAUAUGGAGAAGGCUUCAGAUGGAUGUCUCAGUAUAUCAAGUAAUGGGUCUAGGAAGUGACAUUUUGUAAUUCUGUUUUAAUUCUUACUUUUGUACCGGAUAAAUUGAAGAUGUUUAUUUAUCACUAUGGGCUAUAGUUUCUCUUGUUCCAGGUUUCUAGUGAAACAGUAAAAGAAGUAUUCUCUACUAGAUUCUCUAGUCUUCAAUUAUUAUAGAAAAUAUAAUGAUGGUAGUGAGAGUCUAAACCAUUCAACUUACCAUGAUGAAUUAGUGCUUUUUGGACUCUUUUGUUGAACAUUGUUGCAUGAAUUUUGAACAUAUGGCGUCGUUAAUUUA